AUGAAGGAGAUCGAAGCCGCCUUCCCAAGUCACUCGCCGCUCCUCCCCCCUCCCUCUGAUGCGCACGCAGCAGAGGCAGCAGAGCAGAUGAUGGGUCUGGAGAGGGGGUUGACUGGGGCGUGGCUCAAGUGGACCAAGGGAAAGGAUGCCAUGCGCUGGCUUGCCGGUGGUAGCGAUGAGGAGGAGGGGGAGGGGCGGAGGGAGUUUGAGGCGGCAAUGGAUGCCAUGGAAGAGGCUUUGGUGAAGAGCGGAGGGCCUUACUUCCUUGGGAAAGAGCAGUUCUCCCUUGUUGACGUGACCCACGCGCCUCUCCUGGAGCGAUUCGCUGCCAGUGCACCGUACUGGAAAGGCCUCACAGUGCGGAACAACCCUCGCUGGCCGGCCCUCUCCCGCUGGUACGACGCCAUGGAUGCUCGACCCGCCUACCUCCCUCUCAAGUCUGACGAUUUCUCCAUCACCCACUCCCUUGUCCCGCAAAUUGGGCCGGUGAUCGCGAGCACCAAUCCAACGGCUGUGGCGCGCCGGGCUUUUAUUGAUGGAUGGGAUGGGACGGGUGCGUGGGAUCUGCCGCUGGGGGAGGAGGAGAUGGCGUGGGGGAGGGAGGAUGGGACGGGGGGGGAGGGGCGGAGGGCGCAGAGAGAGGUGGUGCGGGCGAUUGUGGGGAAUCAUGACAGGCUAGUGGCCUUUUGCCUGUGUUCUUUGGGGGAUUCUGCACAUGUUUCAGCCGCUACGACUACUGGGGAUGCUGCUGGUGCCAUGGGUGCUGGUGCCGCUUCUAUGAGCAGCCAGACUCAUGCGGACCAAGCUGAGCCACAGCAGCAGGCCAUCACAGCGGAAUGCCUUGCGCCAGCUGUCAGCGAGGCGUUGCGCCACGUGGCGCAUGCACUGCUGGUCGGCACAGAAGCAGCAGGCCCAUUCCCUGCCGUGUCCCAGUCACUUCAGAUGAUAAGUGGUGGGAGCAGAAGUGAGGAUGUGAGGGCAGCAGGGGAAGAACGGUUGGUGAUGGCUCUUGCGUAUCUGAGGGAUAGAGUUGGGGUGCCAAGGGACUUGAGUUAUCCAGCUGCAAGGCAGCUCCGAGCUCACCUUCAGUGGGUCGUUCGGUCAUUAGGAUCCCCAAUGUAG